UGGCAAUCGGCCCCAAAUGCGGUUAUCGAUAGCAAAGGCAGCGUUGUUGUCCAAUCAGAAAAGUGUAUUAGCAUAAAUAAGAUCCCAAAGAUCAAUGUUGAGGCCGCGCAGUGUGAAAUUGAGAUAACAAAUCCCACGAGCAAGAAGAAGAGCAGCCAGAAAUUAGAGCCAGAGGAUUAACAACAUUAAAAAAAACACCUGAGCAAAAGCAAUCCCAACGAGAAAUGUCGCGCAAAAUGGCCAAGUUCUACAAGCUGGACAUCAAUCGCACCGAGUGGGAGAUACCGGAGACGUACCAGAACCUCCAGCCGGUGGGCCAGGGAGCCUAUGGGCAGGUCUGCAAGGCCGUUGUCCGUGGAACGAGCACCAAGGUGGCCAUCAAGAAGCUGGCCAGGCCCUUUCAGUCGGCGGUGCAUGCCAAGCGCACCUACCGCGAGUUGCGUCUCCUGAAGCACAUGGAUCACGAGAACGUGAUCGGUCUGCUGGACGUCUUUCAUCCUGGCCAGCCUGCCGAUUCGCUGGAGCAGUUUCAGCAGGUCUACAUGGUCACCCACCUGAUGGACGCCGAUCUGAACAACAUCAUACGCACCCAGAAGCUGUCCGACGAUCAUGUUCAGUUUCUGGUCUACCAGAUCCUGCGUGGUUUGAAGUAUAUCCACAGUGCCGGGGUCAUUCAUCGCGAUCUGAAGCCCUCGAAUAUCGCGGUCAACGAGGAUUGCGAGCUGCGCAUCCUGGAUUUUGGCCUGGCGCGUCCCGCCGAGAGCGAAAUGACUGGGUACGUGGCCACGCGUUGGUAUCGCGCCCCGGAGAUCAUGCUCAAUUGGAUGCACUACAACCAGACGGUGGACAUCUGGUCGGUGGGCUGCAUUAUGGCCGAACUGCUGACGGGACGCACCCUCUUUCCGGGCACCGAUCACAUCCAUCAGUUGAAUCUGAUCAUGGAGGUGCUGGGCACGCCGGCCGACGAGUUCAUGAGCCGCAUCUCCUCGGAGAGCGCCCGUAACUACAUCCGCUCGCUGCCGGUGAUGCCGCGUCGCAAUUUCCGCGACAUCUUUCGCGGCGCCAAUCCGCUGGCCAUCGAUCUGCUGGAGAAGAUGCUCGAACUGGACGCCGACAAGCGGAUCACAGCCGAGCAGGCGUUGGCCCAUGCGUAUAUGGAGAAGUACCACGAUCCCACGGACGAGCAGACCGCCGCUUUGUACGACCAGAGCUUCGAGGAGAACGAGCUGCCGGUGGAGAAGUGGCGCGAGAUGGUCUUCAGCGAGGUGACGGCCUUCAAGCCCACGCCCGCCUUCGCCGAGCUCCUGCCCAAGGAGCAGUAGUCCCAACCGCAGCUAAUGUCCUGUCCGAUCAAUGAUGCUAUAUAUAUUUAGAUCUAGUUCAAGCGGAUGUGCUCAGUCGUGAUUUCUCUACUCGUCGAGUGUAAACAAUCGGAGAUAUUUAUUCUAGAGGCGAUUUAUAUUUAGACACGCUUCAGUGGCUGGGAUUUAAACAAUUUUGGCUUUUGACCACCGAAGCGUAAUGUAUUUUCGAACCUCCGAUUCGCUGCGCAUUCGAUGAAUACAGAAAUUACAAAAUAGCAAUUCGGAAAUGUUGUUUCCAAAACAAUCAAUCAAUCAGUCACAGCCUUAAUGUCCAGUUCAACUUUAGAUUCGGUGUCGGUUUUAACACACGCAGCUCUUUGUGAAUAAUCCUGUAAAUGUGAAAGUAAAAGUGUACUUGUACAUCCUAGCUCGUAAGCGAACGCAUCUCGCGGCCAGUAACUAUAAAAAGAGCACUAGUGUCUACGUUGAAUCCAAAUAAAUGUGCUAUGUAUUUUAAAA